UUUUCUGCUGCUUUGCGUUCAACGAUCUAAUAAUAAUAAUAAUAAUAAUAAUAAUUAGUUAAAUUCACACACAAAGUUUCAAUAUGCGAACAAAUGUCAUAACGAAGAUCUUUGCUCGGCUGUAUUUUCUUCUCCUUUAUGGGACUUUGCCUUCGCUGCGAGCAGAGAAGCACUCGCUGUAUUACAUUUACACGGCUCUGUCCAAACCUGUGGAUCUGCCGGGCAUCUAUCAGUUCAGUGCUAUGGGUCUGCUAGAUGACAGACAGAUCGACUCUUACAAUAGUAAAGAACAGAGAAAGAUUCCCACACAGACCUGGAUGAAAGAGAAAAUGCAGGAGGAUUACUGGGAAAAAGGCACCCAGUCCAGAAAGAGCAAAGAACAGUGGUUUAAUGUGAAUGUUGAUAUUCUGAUGAAACGCAUGAGACACAAUGAAACAGGUCUUCAUGUUCUUCAGUGGAGACACGGUUGUGAAAUUGAGAAACAAGGAGAUGAAGUGAAGUUUUCCAAAGGCAUUAGUGAAUACGGCUUUGAUGGAGAAAACUUUCUGUCUUUUGAUGAGAAAGAGUCUCAGUGGGUCGCUCCUGUUGAUGCAGCUCUACCAACCAAGAGAAAAUGGGACAGAGUGCCGAUCCUAAACCAAUACACCAAAGGAUACCUGGAGAAAGAGUGUGUGGACUGGCUCAACAAAUUCAGAGACUAUGCAGACGAGGAGCAGAGAAAAGCUGCUCCUCCAGAUGUUCGUGUGUUUGCAAGGAAAUCCAGUGAUGAAUCCAAGCUGAAACUCACCUGUCUGGCCACCGGUUUCUUCUCUAAAGACGUGACGAUGACUGUUAGGAAAAAUCACACAUCAGUGUGUGAAGAUGAGGUUGAAUCCACAGGAAUCAGACCAAACCAUGAUGGGACCUUCCAGCUGAGGAAGAGUGUGGAGAUCAGUGAGGAUGAAAAAGAUGAAUAUGAUUGUUUUGUGUCCCACAGAACCUUCAAAUCAAUUAUCUUGAAACUGGGACAAGUUAAUGAACCGUUGAUCGCUGAAGCAUCUACUGGACGAGAGAAAGCUGGAGAAACAUUAGACAUCUGUGUGACGGUCUCUCCGGAGAAAGUCAUUCAAACUGAGAAGCACUCGCUGUAUUACAUUUACACGGCUCUGUCCAAACCUGUGGAUCUGCCGGGCAUCUAUCAGUUCAGUGCUAUGGGUCUGCUAGAUGACAGACAGAUCGACUCUUACAAUAGUAAAGAACAGAGAAAGAUUCCCACACAGACCUGGAUGAAAGAGAAAAUGCAGGAGGAUUACUGGGAAAAAGGCACCCAGUCCAGAAAGAGCAAAGAACAGUGGUUUAAUGUGAAUGUUGAUAUUCUGAUGAAACGCAUGAGACACAAUGAAUCAGGUCUUCAUGUUCUUCAGUGGAGACACGGUUGUGAAAUUGAGAAACAAGGAGAUGAAGUGAAGUUUUCCAAAGGCAUUAGUGAAUACGGCUUUGAUGGAGAAAACUUUUUGUCUUUUGAUGAGAAAGAGUCUCAGUGGGUCGCUCCUGUUGAUGCAGCUAUACCGACCAAGAGAAAAUGGGACAGAGUGCCGAUCCUAAACCAAUACACCAAAGGAUACCUGGAGAAAGAGUGUGUGGACUGGCUCAACAAAUUCAGAGACUAUGCAGACGAGGAGCAGAGAAAAGCUGCUCCUCCAGAUGUUCGUGUGUUUGCAAGGAAAUCCAGUGAUGAAUCCAAGCUGAAACUCACCUGUCUGGCCACCGGUUUCUACUCUAAAGACGUGACGAUGACUGUUAGGAAAAAUCACACAUCUGUGUGUGAAGAUGAGGUUAAAUCCACAGGAAUCAGACCAAACCAUGAUGGGACCUUCCAGCUGAGGAAGAGUGUGGAGAUCAGUGAGGAUGAAAAAGAUGAAUAUGAUUGUUUUGUGUCCUACAGAACCUUCAAAUCAAUUAUCUUGAAACUGGGACAAGUUACUGAACUGUUGAUCGCUGAAGCAUCUACUGGACGAGAGAAAGCUGGAGAAACUUUAGACAUCUGUGUGACGGUCUCUCCGGAGAAAGUCAUUCAAACUGAGAAGCACUCGCUGUAUUACAUUUACACGGCUCUGUCCAAACCUGUGGAUCUGCCGGGCAUCUAUCAGUUCAGUGCUAUGGGUCUGCUAGAUGACAGACAGAUCGACUCUUACAAUAGUAAAGAACAGAGAAAGAUUCCCACACAGACCUGGAUGAAAGAGAAAAUGCAGGAGGAUUACUGGGAAAAAGGCACCCAGUCCAGAAAGAGCAAAGAACAGUGGUUUAAUGUGAAUGUUGAUAUUCUGAUGAAACGCAUGAGACACAAUGAAUCAGGUCUUCAUGUUCUUCAGUGGAGACACGGUUGUGAAAUUGAGAAACAAGGAGAUGAAGUGAAGUUUUCCAAAGGCAUUAGUGAAUACGGCUAUGAUGGAGAAAACUUUUUGUCUUUUGAUGAGAAAGAGUCUCAGUGGGUCGCUCCUGUUGAUGCAGCUAUACCGACCAAGAGAAAAUGGGACAGAGUGCCGAUCCUAAACCAAUACACCAAAGGAUACCUGGAGAAAGAGUGUGUGGACUGGCUCAACAAAUUCAGAGACUAUGCAGACGAGGAGCAGAGAAAAGCUGCUCCUCCAGAUGUUCGUGUGUUUGCAAGGAAAUCCAGUGAUGAAUCCAAGCUGAAACUCACCUGUCUGGCCACCGGUUUCUACUCUAAAGACGUGACGAUGACUGUUAGGAAAAAUCACACAUCUGUGUGUGAAGAUGAGGUUAAAUCCACAGGAAUCAGACCAAACCAUGAUGGGACCUUCCAGCUGAGGAAGAGUGUGGAGAUCAAUGAGGAUGAAAAAGAUGAAUAUGAUUGUUUUGUGUCCUACAGAACCUUCAAAUCAAUUAUCUUGAAACUGGGACAAGUUACUGAACUGUUGAUCGCUGAAGCAUCUACUGGACGAGAGAAAGCUGGAGAAACUUUAGACAUCUGUGUGACGGUCUCUCCGGAGAAAGUCAUUCAAACUGAGAAGCACUCGCUGUAUUACAUUUACACGGCUCUGUCCAAACCUGUGGAUCUGCCGGGCAUCUAUCAGUUCAGUGCUAUGGGUCUGCUAGAUGACAGACAGAUCGACUCUUACAAUAGUAAAGAACAGAGGAAGAUUCCCACACAGACCUGGAUGAAAGAGAAAAUGCAGGAGGAUUACUGGGAAAAAGGCACCCAGUCCAGAAAGAGCAAAGAACAGUGGUUUAAUGUGAAUGUUGAUAUUCUGAUGAAACGCAUGAGACACAAUGAAUCAGAGCUUCAUGUUCUUCAGUGGAGACACGGUUGUGAAGUUGAGCAGGAGGGAGAUGAAGUGAAGUUUUCCAAAGGCAUUAGUGAAUACGGCUUUGAUGGAGUGGACUUUCUGUCUUUUGAUGAUAAAGAGUCUCAGUGGGUCGCCUCAGUUGAUGCAGCUAUACCAUCCAAGAGAAAAUGGGACAAUGUGCCGAUCCUAAACCAAUACACCAAAGGAUACCUGGAGAAAGAGUGUGUGGACUGGCUCAACAAAUUCAGAGAAUAUGGAAAUGAGCACCUCAGAAACACCUCUCCUCCAGAUGUUCAUGUCUUUGCAAAAAGGUCUUCCAGAGACAAAACCAAGCUGAAACUCACCUGUCUAGUCAGUGGCUUCUACCCCAAAGACAUGACACUGGUCAUGAGGAAAUAUCGCACAUCUCUGUGUGAAAAUGAGGUUGAAUCCACAGGAAUCAGACCAAACAAUGAUGAAACGUUCCAGCUGAGGAAGAGUAUGGAGAUCAAUGAGGAUGAAAAAGAUGAAUAUGAUUGUUUUGUGUCCCACAGAACCUUCAAAGAACCAGUUAUUGUCCAAUGGGAUGCUGUGACGGCAUGAUUGGAGAUACAGCUGUUUCACACUGGAACCGUAUGUGACUGGAAGCAGUGGAAAUUGGAUUAGCCUGCUUUUUAACCUCUACUUUAAAUCAUUUUAGCAAGCUUUUGUGUUGUUUGUUAGUUUGUUUUACACAAGCUACAUAUAUAUUCACCGAAAUAAUUAAUAAUCAUAAAAAAAUAAUAUUACUCAUGUAGCUCCAUUAUCAUUAAUCUGAAUAGAUGCACUGUGCAUGCACUGACUUGUUGAUCAGAAUAAAUAUAUUGCACAUGUAAACAAAUAUGUGAAAUAGAUUGCAAAGAUUAAGGCUUAUAUAAGCAGAAUUUUCACAAUCUGACACAGGAUUGUAUUUAUUCGGAUUGUCAAAGAGUAGUGCAUGUAAAUAUAUACUGACUGUGUUAAUCAUGUUUAUUUGUAAUUCCAUUUUAAUUUUGAUCACCAAAAAAAUCCCUGUUUCUUUGAAAGGAUCAUGAACUGCAUUUUUUUAUAAUAAAUAGUUCACUUAUAAUGUGCGAUUUUUCAUUAAACAUAAUUUAGAAAUA